AUGGAUCUUUUUGAAGAGAAAGAUCGACUACAUGGCUCUACAAGGGAAGCUGGUGGGCUCAUAAUAACCAAGUCGAAAGAACAUUUCAAACAACCUCAAAAGUCCUUAUUUGGACUUGAUAAGUUGGCGGCAAAAAAGCGCCAAGAGUCUGAAAAUAUUGAUCUACAGUUUAACAAGCGUGAUGGUGCAAAUAAAGAAAGGUUCUACAGGGAAAGGCGUGUAGAGACUCCUUCUAAUCGUGGAGGUGUUAGCAAGGAAUAUUUCGAUUCUCAGGCAAGAAGGCGUGAACGUGAUCACAAAGAACGUUUAAAAACCGGUCUUGUAUCAACAUCCAGAAAAAUCAAUGAGAACUAUUCAGAAUCCCGGAAGUCAUCAGAUCAUUCUCGUGUUGAAUCAGUUAGAGAAAAAGAAUCUCUCAGCACUCGACAUCGGAGAGAAGCAGAAUGGGAAGAUGAAACACCUAACCAUAGUAGUCGAGAAAAUGGGCAUACUUCAGGAGCAAGCACUGGCCGUUUUGAAACCCCAGAAAUAUACACUAUUAAAGGCCAAUCUCCAGGUCAUUCUAGCUGGGAUGAUUCUGGCUUAGGAUCUAGUCGAUCGACUACCCCUCGAAGUAUCGGAUCAUUAGCUCGUCAUUCCAAUAAUGAUCGAUAUACUUAUACUCCUAUGCCUACUCCAAGUUUUAAGCAUAACUCAUGGAUGCAAUCAAAUAAAAAUGAUAUAGGAAACUCUGAUUCUAGAAAACAACAUUCUAUUCGCCAUACACCCCAUGGUGGUCAGUCACGUACACAACAUUCCAAUGAGAAUGAAGAUGAUAGUGUAAAGCCGGAUUCUGUUGAAAUGGAAGGAGAUAGUGAAGAUAUGAAUGCUGAAAAUGAACGCCUAGAUCGUAAUUGGUAUCAAAUGGAUGAUGGUUAUGAUGAUCAUAAUCAUCCGUUCUCUGAUAUACCUGAAGAAUAUGCUGCAAAAAAAGAACGUCAAUUGGCGGAACGUAAAAAACGACAUAAACAACGUUUAACUGCUAAAGCAGUCCAGGUGCAUAAAGAUAAUCAAGCAUGGGAACAUAAUCGUAUGUUAAGAUCCGGGGUUGUUCAACGUGUGGAUUUUAGUCAAGAUGAAGAUUUUGAUGAAGAAGGUGAAGCUAGAGUUCAUUUGUUAGUGCGUAAUAUACUUCCACCAUUUUUGGAUGGACGUAUUGUUUUUACACGUCAACCUGAACCGAUUAUUCCUGUCAAGGAUCCAGAAAGUAUUAUGGCUAAAGUUGCUCAAAAAGGCAGUGCUAUUGUGAAAUAUUUUCGUGAACAAAAAGAACGUAAAAGAGCACAGAAAAAAGAAUGGCAAUUAGCUGGUACACGUAUUGGUGAAGUGAUGGGUAUUAAAGCGCCGGAAGAACAAGAUAAUUGGACAGAGAAAUCACAUCGUGAUGCACAAACAUUUGCCGAUAAAGUAGGCGAUAUGAAAUCGGAAGCAGUGAGUGAAUUUGCUACAAGAAAAACUAUUGUAGAACAACGACAAUAUUUGCCAGUAUUCUCUGUCAGGACAUCUUUAUUGAGAAUGAUUAAAGAACAUCAAAUUGUAGUGAUUGUUGGUGAGACUGGUAGUGGUAAAACAACUCAACUAACUCAAUAUUUACAUGAAGAUGGUUAUACAAUUUAUGGUAUGGUUGGUUGUACUCAACCACGUCGUGUUGCUGCUAUGUCAGUUGCUCGACGAGUUGCUGAAGAAAUGAAUGUACGUUUAGGUGAAGAAGUUGGUUAUGCUAUAAGAUUUGAAGAUUGUACUUCUUCUUCAACUUUAAUUAAAUAUAUGACUGAUGGAAUUUUAUUACGUGAAUCAUUACGUGAAUCGGAUCUUGAUCCAUAUUCUGCAAUUAUUAUGGAUGAAGCACAUGAAAGAUCAUUGAAUACUGAUGUCCUGUUUGGAUUGUUACGUGAAGUUGUUAGUAGACGUAAUGAUUUACGUCUUUUAAUUACUUCUGCUACUAUGGAUGCAGAAAGAUUUGCUCAAUUUUUCGGUGAUUGUCCUAUUUUUCGAAUACCCGGUAGAACAUUUCCAGUGGAUACACAAUUUAGUAAAACAACAGUAAUGGAUUAUGUUGAUGCAUCUGUGAAACAAGCAAUUCAAGUUCAUUUAGGUUCACCAACAGAUGGUGACAUAUUGAUUUUUAUGCCCGGUCAAGAGGAUAUCGAAGUGACAUGUGAAUUAAUUGCUGAACGUUUAAGUAAUUUGGAAGAAGCUCCUCCAUUAUCUAUCCUUCCUAUUUAUUCUCAAUUACCAAGUGAUCUUCAAGCAAAAAUAUUUAUGAAAGCUGAAAAUGGUGUUAGAAAAUGUGUUGUGGCAACAAAUAUUGCUGAAACUUCAUUAACUGUUGAUGGAAUACGUUAUGUAAUUGAUUGUGGUUAUUGUAAAUUGAAAGUUUUCAAUCCUAAAAUUGGUAUGGACGCGCUACAAAUAUUUCCAAUUAGUCAAGCUAAUGCUAAUCAACGAGCUGGUCGCGCUGGUAGAACUGGUCCAGGAGUAUGUUAUCGUUUAUACACUAUAAGCCAGUAUCAAGAUGAAAUGUUGAUCACAUCUGUUCCCGAAAUUCAAAGAACUAAUCUGGCCAAUGUUGUUCUCUUACUAAAGUCUUUGGGUGUUCAAGAUUUGAUGCGAUUUCAUUUCAUGGAUGCUCCUCCACAGGAUAACAUAUUGAAUUCAAUGUAUCAACUUUGGAUUUUCGGUGCACUUGAUAAUACUGGUAGUUUAACAACUUUAGGUCGUCAAAUGGUUGAAUUUCCAUUGGAUCCAGCAUUGUCAAAAUUAUUAAUUAUUUCCUGUGAUAUGAAUUGUUCCGAAGAGAUUUUAACUAUUGUAUCAAUGCUCUCUGUACCAAGUGUAUUUUAUCGACCAAAAGGUCGUGAAGAAGAAUCAGAUAAUGCAAGAGAAAAAUUUCAAGUGCCGGAAUCGGAUCAUUUAACAUUAUUGAAUGUUUUUACUCAAUGGCGUAAAUCCGGUUAUUCAUCAGCAUUUUGUGCUAAACAUUUUUUACAUUUGAAAGCUAUGCGUAAAAUUCGUGAAGUUCGACAACAAAUGAAAGAAAUCAUGGAACAGCAUAAUAUGAAUUUACAAUCAAUUGGUAGUGAUUGGGAUGUUGUACGUGAAUGUUUAUGUGCUACAUUCUUUCAUCAAGCUGCUCGUAUCAAGGGUUUAGGUGAAUAUGUAAAUCUACGAACUGGUAUGCCAUGUCAUCUACAUCCAACUAGUGCUCUUUAUGGAAUGGGUUACACGCCAGACUAUGUUAUUUAUCAUGAAUUAAUUAUGACAACAAAAGAAUACAUGCAAUGUGUUACAUCUGUAGAUGGCAAUUGGUUAGCUAAAGUUGGUCCAAUGUUUUACAGGUAG